AAGAAGCUGCAUAAGGGAAGUACCGCAGUGUGUCUAGCUCAAUGCUGUGGAGCUGCGCAGAUGAUAACGAGGGUUUUUUUUUAUUAUCAGCUAAUCGGAAGAUAUACAUAUAAGUGUUCUUUUUAAACUAUAUUUACUUAAUGUGAAAAGAUGGCCACCGAUUCAGGCUACGGUGGCUCUCAAAGCUAUGGAGCAUACAGCGGUCCGCCGACUGGACAGGGUUAUGGGCAAGGAAAUGGAGGUGCCGCUUACGGAGGACAGAGUUAUGCGGGCUAUGGACAGCAAGCCCCAGCACAAGAAGGCUAUCCUCAGGCUCAGCAACCGAGCUAUGAUAGUUACAGUGGACAGGACUCAACUGGGUAUGGCGACAAGUCAUCCUCUUAUGGGCAGCAAGGUUCCUAUGGUGGGCAAGGAGGAGCAGGAGGAGCAGCAGCAGGAGAUAGUUAUGGACAACCGAGCGCCUAUGGCAGCCAGGGACAGAGCGGUCGUGGCAGCAGCGGCGGCGGCAGCAGUUAUGGAAGAUGGAGUGAUGCAGGUGAAGGUGCUGGUCAGGGUGGGCGGUAUGGACGUGACCAAGGAGACCGUGAAGAAGGGGGAGGGGGCUACAGAGGCCGCGGCCGUGGUGGCUAUGAUCGUGGGGGUUUUGACCGCGGUGGUUACGACCGUGGCAGCAGAGGAGGACCUCCUGGUAUGGGAGGUGGUGACCGUGGUGGCUACAAAAAUUACGGUGGCUCUCAAGACUACGGCUCAAGGGAUGAACCAGCUGGUGAGCAGGACAACUCUGACAACAACACAAUUUUUGUCCAGGGACUUGGAGAAGAAGCCACAGUCCAGGAAGUGGGCGACUUCUUCAAGCAAAUUGGUAUUAUCAAGGUGAACAAGAAAACUGGGGAGCUGAUGAUCAACAUCUACUCCGAUAAGGCCACCGGGCGGCCAAAGGGAGAAUGUACAGUAUCGUUUGAUGACCCGCCCUCUGCCAAAGCUGCUAUUGAUUGGUUUGAUGGCAAGGAAUUUAACGGAAAACCCAUCAAAGUAUCAUUUGCCACCCGCAGAGCAGAGUUCACACAGAGAGGAGGUGGAAGAGGAGGCGGGCGAGGAGGUUUCAGAGGUCGUGGUGGUGGUGGAGGAGGAGGAGGAGGACCUAACUUUGACAUUAAGGGAGGAGACUGGCCUUGUCCAAACAGCUCUUGUGGCAACAUGAAUUUUGCACGGCGGCAAGAGUGCAACAAAUGUGGAUCACCAAAGCCCGGGGGAGGGGAUGGAGGAUAUGGAGGUGGUGGUGAUCGCGGAAGCAGAGGUGGUUACGGUGGUGACAGGGGCGGUGGUUACAGAGGUCGUGGAGGUUUCCGUGGGGGAGACCGUGGCGGCUACGGAGGAGGAGGAGGAGGAGGAGGAGGUGGUGGAGGAGGAGGAUUCGGAGGGGGCUACAAAAUGGGAGCUAGAGGUGAUCGCCGAGACGACAGAAGAGACCGGCCAUACUAAGUGCUGCGCAGAUAAUACCUUUCCAGCCCUGCUGUUCACCAUGGAGGGAGGGAUCUGUUUUUUGGGAAGGGAGUUCGACCUGACAUUCAGAUUUGUCUACCUUUUUUUUUUUUUUUGUAGCCAGUGCAACCAAACCGUCCCUGCUCACCUGUGAGCGAGGGAUGGGUGUGUUGAGCUACUAAGAAGGGACUCUGGGGCUGAUUGGCACUGUUGGCAUGUGGUCAAAUGUUUGUGUUUUUCCUGAUUUUUUUUUUUUUUUUUUUUUUUUUUUUCGUUUUAUUUCUUUGUACAUCUUUUUAAUUUUCUCUCGAUUCUAGCGGCAGAUGUUUUUGUGAGGUAGACUUCGCACCAUUGUUUUGUAUGAACAGAAUAAAAUGUUUUACUGG